AUGGAACAGGAAAGGCUGAUGGAAGAGGGCCGGACGGAUGAGCAGCCCCACAUCGAGGACCAAAAGUCCUUCUGUGAUCGCUGCAUCGUUUGCCUUGGGCCACGCUAUGUGACUUUGCUCACUGAAGAGGAGAGAGAUGCCGUGCCGCGGCAGCAUGAUUGA